GUACGUAUUCCACCACGUCGCACAAAUCACUGGCUGUGCCAUCCACGUUGCGUGAUAGAGGCAUACCUCUUACCAUGACUGCAACGUCUCGGGUACAAUAUGUCUACCCUGCACUUGUAGCGUCCCAAAUUCGGAUUCUGAUCUUAAAUCCUUCUUUCAAUCAUGAUGCGCCAUUAGAAUUCUCCUUUCACUGCGUCGACCUCGAGGAUGUGCAAGGCAGAUACGAAGCUAUUUCAUAUACUUGGGGAGAACCAAGCUUAGACUCUGUCCUUCUCCACCAAGAUGGGUCACACGUGCUUGUAACCCCAAAUCUCGACUUUGCCUUGCGACGUUUGCGAUACCGACUUGAUAAGAGAUGGCUUUGGGCAGAUGCGGCGUGUAUCGAUCAGGUUAACCCACGUGAGAAGGCGCUUCAAAUCCCUUUGAUGGAUAGGAUCUAUCGAGGUGCAAACAGAGUGCUCGUCUGGUUAGGCCGUGGAGGCGGAGAUGAUGAAAUUGGAAUGCGUCUCCUAGGGAACUUGUCGUUGGUACCGAAAAGAACUGUUCCACGACCUACUUCCGACCCUGGCGGAGCGGGAUUCUCCUCGACUCAAUCGGUGGAAGAAAUGCGCUGCAUUCAGCAAGUCUUCGAACUCCCAUGGUUUCGUCGCGUCUGGACUAUUCAAGAAUGUGUACUGAAUGUGGAUGCUGUUCUAAUGUGUGGGCAAACAGAGUUGUCCAUGGCGAGAGUCCUUGCUGGUAUGCGUAUCAUCAGAAGUACGGAUCGCAUGAAGCAGAUCAAUUAUUCCCUCGGAUUCGAAGCUUUUGGAAAUACAGCGGACCUAUGGACAACGUAUGCCCUAAUUGAGGCUGACAACGAACCUCAACUCCAUACGCAGUCCUCUAAGUUCGAUAUUCUUUCUUUAGUCCACCGAUUCUCGGGACACCAUUGCAGCGAUGAUCGAGACCGCAUCUUUGGCUUGUACGCCUUGGCUUCUAACAUUGCGCCUGCCACGUUAGGGGACGCAGAGGUCCCAAGAAGCCACGGUGUCGUGUAUUUGGACGUGAACUACACGUUCGAUACACAAGCUACAUACUUCGAUUUUGCAAUCGCGUGCAUGAAGAACAACAUGACUGUUAGGAUCUUAGCUUCUGCUUUACAGCGUCUAGGUCCUUCCGACCAGCCAGGAUGGCCAUCAUGGCUACCGGACUGGCGGGUGACGCCCAAGCCUUUAGUAGCACUUUCGGAGUAUUGUUCGUCGAAGCACAUCAUCUACAUGUCGUUUGCUGGUGAGAUUCGCGACCAGAAAGUCAAAUUGCAGGCCGGCUGGCAGCCUGUGAUCGAUUUCAAAGGCCCAAGACCGUGCCGCGCGAGAUUUGCCACAAUCGCUGUCACUAGCAAAACAGCAACAACAGCUUACUUGGAAGACUGUCUAAGUUCAGCUCUCAACGUGCGGGGUCCAUCUUUCGAUCCGAAGGAUCGUUUCGCCCGAGACCCAGCAAGAAGGCUCUUUCACAUGCUAUAUCGCUUCCUUCACCAGGACACACCUGAGCUUACCGACUCCUGUGGGUGGAUCGAGAACUUACUGACAGACUGGCGGUCAGGGAGAGCAGUUUCUCCCACAUCAGAUGAAUGCAAAACCCUACUACCAGAUAGUUUGGCUAAAAUGACGAGUCAUCGCAGUUUCUUUGGCGCCUGCGAUCCAGCGUUCGAUUGGGAUGAGGCGACAGCAUAUACCGCAGGCGAGCCUAUGUAUGGUUGGGGUCCUGAUACAAUUGAGGAGGGUGAUGAGCUGAUCAUUGUCUCUGGAGGUGACCCUAUUCAUCCAAUGGAACGUGGCAUUGGCUCAUGGCAUCCUAAUCCCAUCAUGUACGACUACUACGCGCUUGUUGUCCGUCGCGUUUGCGAUACCGACUCAAGUCAACCUUCUGAGUCAGAUUCUGAUACAAGUUCUGAUACAGAGAAUCACUCCCUUCUACAAUCUGACGACGACACGAUAUCUAGUCACCGCUCGUCCUCUCCAUAUAGUCCCAGCUCUGAGCCACGAGAGACGCGAUCCCGGUCUUGGACCGAUCUUACUUGGAACUACAAAGCAGGUGUUGCGUCGUAUCGCCUUGUAGGCGAUGCAUACCUGUGUAGCAGCGCUAAAAGCAAUCUUGACCACGAUUAUACUACUUCGCAGGUCAGCAUCUGGAUGGAGUAAGAUUGAACAGGCGAAAAGAAAACUAAACUUAUGCUCUCUAGGAAACUAGUUUAUAUUAUCUAAGCAAGGCUCUGUAGAACUUUAAUAUUAGUCUCUACACUGAUGUUAUAAGGCUAGUUUAAUAUAUAUCACUAACGUACCCCACGGGCGAAAGAAUCAACGGGCGAGAGAAUUACUUUUGCCAAGCGCCCACUAAACUACUCUUUCUUCAUUAAUGUCUUCUCAACAACACCAUUUAGAUGCGUUAAAGGAAGCUUAGAUACAGCUUGCGCUCCAGGCUCUUGAACAAGACGCAACACUCUCUCAGCGACGCGCUGCAGCUAUCUAUAGGGUUUCUCAAGCUGCACUAAGCGACUAACGCACUGGACGAACUUUAUAAGCU